UCGCCUCUGAUUUCCCGCUUACCAGGUCCUCCUCGUCCUCUGAAUCAGUACUCAGUUAGGGUUAGGGUUUCGUUUUCUUGAUUGAGGUGCGAUCAAUUCAUGCAUUAUGGAAACUGAAGAUUCUAAUCCUGAAACUCGAGCAAGUCAUUCAAGUCCAGCUGAAAAACAACCAGAUCAGAUAACUGAUCCUAAAGCUAGCAACAGUGAGGAAAUAAUCCAAGACUUCAACUCUCUGAAUGUCACCAAAGAGAACUCAGCUUCACAUGGUGAUAAAGGGGAGUCUUUGGGUCGCCAAACCCAUGAAGCAAAGGCGUUAGAAUCCGAAUCCCCUGAAGAAUCAAAACCAAAUUCAGAGGAAGGUUUCCCUGAGGAGAAGGUAGCUGAACCUGUUUUCGAUGGAACUGAGAAUCCAGAAUUGGAAGCGACUAAAGGUUUAUCAAGCCAAGCCUUAGAUUCUGAUUCAGAAGUGCAAAGCUAUGUUUGGCCUGAAAAGGCAACAGCCCUAAAAAACUAUGUCAAAGAGAAGGGUGCUGUUGCUGUUUCUACAGUCCUUCGCCGUCUUUCUGGCAAAAGAGAUGACAAUGAGCAAAGUCUUGCUGAAAGUGAAGAGAGGAGUGACUACAAAAAUGCGGAGGAUGGUAGCCCUGGAACUAAACCAAAAGAGUUGUAUCAGAAAGCUGGUUGGAACCCAUUAAGCCUAAUUAGAGGUUCAAGAGAUUCAAAUACCCAAGUGCACACUGAGCAAGGGGAGGAUGGGUACCAAGACGGUGAAAUGCAAGAGUCAGCAAUGAAAGGCAGAGUAAUAUUGUAUACAAGGCUUCGAUGCCCUGAUUGUCGGGAGAUGAGGUCUUUCCUGCGCCAGAAGGGCCUCAGGUCUGUAGAGAUCAACAUCGAUAUCUUCCCAAGUAGGAAAUUGGAGUUGGAGAAGAACACCGGUUCUUCUUCUGUACCUAAGAUUUUCUUUAAUGAUCUGCUAAUUGGGAGUUUAAAGGAACUAACGGGUAUGGAUGAGAGUGGAAAGCUUGAUGAGACGAUUAACAAUGUGCUUAACAUGGAGCCAUCUCUAGCUGCUGCUAUGCCUCCAUUUCCUGGCGAGGAUGAUGUCUCGAGCAGUGGUAUGGUUGAUGAGUUUGCCAUUAUUGUGAGAAAAAUGAAAGAGAUUAUUGUUGUGAAGGACCGGUUCUACAAGAUGCGCAGGUUUAGCAACUGUUUUUUGGGGUCAGAGGCUGUUGAUUUCCUGUCUGAGGAUCAGUACUUGGAACGAGAAGAUGCAGUGGAAUUUGGAAGGAAGCUUGUGAGCAAACACUUCUUCCGCCAUAUUUUAGAUGAGAACAUCUUCGAAGAUGGUAACCACUUCUACCGUUUCUUGGAGCAUGAUCCGAUUGUCAUGGCACAAUGCUACAACCUCCCAAAAGCAGGUCACGGAAAUGAUGUGAAGCCUAAGCCUCUAAAUGAAAUUGCAUCAAGGUUGAGGUUCCUAUCUUUUGGAAUCUUUGAGGCCUAUGUUUCUGAGGAUGGAAGGCAUGUUGACUACAGAGCAAUACGAUGCUCUGAGGAAUUUGCCAGGUACUUGAGAAUAACUGAGGAGCUUCCAAGGGUGGAACUUUUAGAUAUAUCUAGGGAAGAAAAGCUUGCGUUCUUCAUCAACUUGUACAAUAUGAUGGCCAUCCAUGCUAUCCUAUGGUGGGGUUACCCAGCUGGAGCUCUAGAAAGGCGUAAGCUCCUUGGAGACUUCAAGUAUGUCGUUGGAGGCAGUGCCUACUCUCUGUCUGCCAUACAAAAUGGCAUAUUGCGUGGGAACCAGCGCCCCCCUUAUAAUCUCAUGAAACCAUUUGGCCUGAAGGACCCAAGAUCCCAGGUGGCUUUGCCAUACCCAGAACCCCUGGUUCAUUUUGCACUGGUUUGUGGAACCCGGUCUGGCCCUGCUUUACAGUGCUACUCACCUGGUGACAUUGAUCAGGAGCUCAUGGAGGCUGCCCGCAACUUUAUCCGGAAUGGCGGUCUUGUCCUCAAUGCCGAAGCCAAAACAGUGUUCGUUUCAAAAAUUCUCAGUUGGUAUAGUGUAGACUUUGGCAAGAUUGAGACAGAGGUGAUCAAGCACGCUGCAAAUUACUUAGAAACAUCGAAGUCGGAGGAGCUGCUGGAGUUGCUUGCUGGCGGCCAGUUGAAGGUCGUGUAUCAGCCUUAUGACUGGGGUUUGAACUGCUAAUCUCUCUCUCUCUUCUCUCUCUCUCUCUCUGAGAUGCCCAUCUAUCACACUGACCAGUGGGUGCUUUGAGGAAAAGAUAGGCUUCUUAGCAUGUCGAAGAUGGCCGCACAACUGAAUAUAGAGUUGCAAGACCCUUUUCUUUUUUUGGGUGACAAUUUAAUAGAGAAAUGAUAAUAUUGGUAAGAUGCCAUACUACCAUGAAUACACUUUGUGACAUUUUUUUUUUUUCUAUGUAAUUUUACAUUUUUUUUCCCCAUGAUUCUACAUAUGUUUUUGAAA